GCCAUAACAGUCCUGUGUCAUAUGCUGGUGUACCUACUCGCCUGGUUAUUUUUUGACGCACACAGAGCGGAGGAGGCCAAUACCUUCCUCAAUGCAGAGGACGGGGAAAUAUUCAGAGACUUGGCAAUAUGUGUGGUAGUUAUAGGCGUAGCUUGUAGCUGUGUUUUCUACUGCACUGUGCAUGAAAAAGACAAUCCUUUGCCAGGAACUGGAUAUCAGCUCGACAAGAAAGAUACGAAAAAAUCUGCAUCAAGCGAAGUUACGGCUCAUAUAGAAAGAACUGUCAACAAGGAUAAAAUCAGUACUGUAAAAGAAACAAAAAAUGUCGAGAUUUUUCCAAAAGAGACAAAAAGAAACAUGACUAAAUCUCCUAAUUCAAAAAAUAGCUUUAGAGGAAUAUUCAAAUCACCUUCUUCCGAUAAAAUUUGUAGUAAAAAGCACGACUCGAUAGAAAGAAAAAUAUCAUCUAUGUCAUGUCCAGAGAGCGAUGUUUUAGCGAUAAUUCCUUCGAUUUCGUGUCCUGAAAAUGACAUAGAAAUGUCAACUAUACGGAGCAUUACAAACCCAACAAUUUCUGGAAUUCUCAAAAGUGAAUCGCGGACGAAAACGCCUAGUACUUCAAAGAAACGAAUUUCGUUUGUCUCGAGUCAUAGUAUAAUGGAUGGUGGUACUCAAGAUCGACCAGACGAUGACGUGAAACCAAAGAUGAACUUAAAUAAGCAUUGGAAGGAAUGGUUUAGAGAACCUAGUUUUUAUCAGAUGGCUUUAAUUUACAUGUGUACAAGACUGACCGUCAACAUAUCGCAGAUAUAUAUGCCAAUGUACAUCACAGAGACAUUGCAUAUGCACAAGAACUCUGUAGCAAUAGUUCCUCUAGUUGGAUAUGUUGCUGGGUUCUGCACCUCACUGUUCAUGAACAACACGAACCAAUUACUUGGACGCAAGCGUACUUACGUCAUGGGUAUAUCCUGUACGCUCGGGGCAUGUGUGUGGAUCUUUUUCAUCGAUGAAGCUACCUCCAGCCGUGUGUACGGUGUGGCUGCCCUGAGUGGCAUCGGGGGGUCAACGGUUCUCGUGACGUCACUUGCCAUGACAUCUGAUCUCAUUGACCAAUAUUCUAGCAGUGCAGCUUUUGUUUAUGGUGCGAUGAGCUUUACAGAGAAACUGGCGAAUGGUCUGGCUGUUGUUCUGAUCCAGCGAUACAAUCCUUGUGAGAAUGGCUCUGCCGCCCACAUGACCCACCACUGCACGGUGUACUACCGUGACGUACUGGUCACGGUCCCCGGGGGCGUGACCUUCAUCUCCCUCCUCGUCCUCCUCAGCACCAUGUCCUCUAUAGGGGGUAGGAGCGGAUGGAAAGAACACAGGAUUUUGCAGCCUUCCUCACCAGACAGGGAUUGGGAGCGGAGUCCGCCAUAAAGUCACUGAUACAACAAAGCAUGGAGUGCUGUUGGUUUUAUUAAAGUCCACAAUUUGAAACAAGUUUUAUGAUUGAUUUUAUUUUUUUUUAAUUGGCUGCUUCGUAAGAAAGUGCUAAAGAGUGAAAAUUAUAAAUAAUUUUGUAACUUUUAAUAAAAUAUUUUAUAAUAUUUAUCUUAAUUUUAAAUGAGAGAGAGAGAGAGAGAGAGAGAGAG